GGAGGAGAAUGCUGGGAAUGGUGAGGGACCAGCAGCCUGGGGGGCGAGCGGCGCGCUGAUGGAGGGGAAGGAGCCGUAGUGAGACUCACACACCUGGCCGUCUGUAUUCUCCCCCCCGGCGCUGGGAUGCAGCGCGCGGGCCGCGCGUAGGGGCCGAAAGGGACGGACACCGCAGUCCUCGCCGAGCCAUGUACGGGAGCGCCCGGGCCGUGGGGCACCUGGAGGGCAGCCCCGCCCGCUCCCCCCGCCUGCCCCGCUCCCCCCGCCUGGGCCACCGCCGCGCCAACAGCGGGAGCGGGGCCGGCGGCGGCGGCGGCGGCGGCGGGAAGACCCUCUCCAUGGAGAACAUCCAGUCGCUGAACGCCGCCUACGCCACCUCCGGGCCCAUGUACCUGAGCGACCACGAGGGCGUGGCGGCCACCGCCUACCCCAAGGGCACCAUGACGCUGGGCCGCGCCACCAGCCGGGCCGUGUACGGCGGCCGCGUCACCGCCAUGGGCAGCAGCCCCAACAUCGCCUCCGUGGGCCUGCCGCACGCCGACCUGCUGUCCUACGGCGACCACGGCUCCUUCUCCAUGCUGCACCACCACCACCACCACCACCAGCAGGGCGUGCCGGCGGGGCUGCGGCAGCAGGCGCGCGACAGCGCCCUGCUGGACAUGCAGGCCCAGAUGAAGGACAUGCAGCGGGAGAACGAGCUGCUGCGGCGGGAGCUGGAGCUGAAGGACAGCAAGCUGGGCUCGUCCACCAACAGCAUCAAGACCUUCUGGAGCCCCGAGCUGAAGAAGGAGCGCGUCAUGCGCCGCGAGGAGGCCACGCGCAUGUCCGUGCUCAAGGAGCAGAUGAGGGUCACGCACGAGGAGAACCAGCACCUGCAGCUGACCAUCCAGGCCCUGCAGGACGAGCUCCGCACGCAGCGCGACCUCAACCACCUGCUGCAGCAGGAGGGCGGCGGCCGCGGCGUGGAGCACUUCACCAUCGAGCUGACGGAGGAGAACUUCCGCCGGCUGCAGGCCGAACACGAGCGGCAGGCCAAGGAGCUCUUCCUCCUGAGGAAGACGCUGGAGGAGAUGGAGCUGCGCAUCGAGACGCAGAAGCAGACGCUGGGCGCGCGCGACGAGUCCAUCAAGAAGCUGCUGGAGAUGCUGCAGAGCAAGGGCCUGCCGUCCGGCCGCUCCCUGGAGGAGGAGAACGAGCGGGCGCGCCGCAUCGCCCAGGUGGAGUCGCAGGUCAGCCACCUGGAGCUCAUCCUCGACCAGAAGGAGAAGGAGAACCUCCACCUGCGGGAGGAGCUGCACCGCAGAACCCAGCUUCAUCAGGACCCGGGCAAGACCAAAGCCUUGCAGACCGUGAUAGAGAUGAAGGACACGAAAAUCGCGUCUCUGGAGAGGAACAUCCGUGACCUGGAGGACGAGCUGCAGAUGCUGAAGACCAACGGGCUCCUGAACACGGAGGAGCGGGAGGAAGAGCUGAAACAGAUGGAGGUCUACAAGAACCAUUCCAAGUUCAUGAAGAGCAAGAUUGACCAGCUGAAGCAGGAGCUCUCAAAGAAGGAUUCUGAGCUCCUGGGCCUUCAGACCAAGCUGGAGACGCUGACCAAUCAGAACUCAGACUGCAAACAGCACAUCGAGGUGCUGAAGGAAUCCCUCACCGCCAAAGAGCAGAGAGCAGCUAUCCUGCAGACUGAGGUGGAUGCUCUGAGGCUGCGGCUGGAGGAGAAGGAGUCGUUCCUGAAUAAGAAGACGAAGCAGCUGCAGGAGCUGACGGAGGAGAAGGGCACGCUUGCCGGGGAGAUCCACGACAUGAAGGACAUGCUGGAGGUCAAGGAGCGCAAGGUCAACGUCCUGCAGAAGAAGAUAGAGAAUCUGCAGGAGCAGCUUCGGGACAAAGACAAGCAGCUGAGCAACCUGAAGGACCGGGUGAAGUCCCUGCAGACCGACUCCAGCAACACGGACACUGCCCUGGCUACCCUGGAGGAGGCGCUGUCCGAGAAGGAGAGGAUCAUCGAACGGCUGAAAGAGCAGCGGGAGCGGGAGGAUCGGGAGCGGCUGGAGGAGACCGAGUCCUACAAGCGCGAGAAUAAGGACCUGAAGGAGCGGCUGACUGUCCUGCAGACCGAGCUCACGGAGAAGGAGUCCAGCCUAAUCGACCUGAAGGAACACGCCUCGUCUUUAGCCUCCUCCGGCCUGAAAAAAGACUCCAAGCUCAAGUCCCUGGAGAUCGCCAUCGAGCAGAAGAAAGAGGAGUGCAACAAGCUGGAGACGCAGCUCCAGAAGGCCCACGAGGUGGAGCAGGCUCCCCGGGGCCCUCCCGACCUGGUGGACCGCGUGAAGAUGCUGGAGAAGGAGGUGGGGUACUUCAAGGAGGAGUCGGGGAAGGCCCACGCCGAGGUGGACCGUCUGCUCGACAUCCUGAGGGAGGUGGAGACCGAGAAGAACGACAAGGACAAGAGGAUCUUGGAGCUGGAGAGCCUGGCCCCCAGGCAGGGUAAGGACCAGAGCAAGAAGGGCACAAACCUCAAACUGGGCCUGCAGGGGGAGAAGAAGGCCGGGUCCCAGGAGGGCCGCAAGGACAACCUGACAGACGGCCCCCAGCACAAGCUGGAGGAGUUAAUGGGCACCCUGGAGAAGACCAGGCAGGAGCUGGACGCCACGAAGCAGCGGCUCUCCUCCACGCAGCAGUCCCUGUCCGAGCGGGACGGCCAUCUCACCAACCUGAGGCAGGAGCGCCGCAAACAGCUGGAGGAGAUCCUGGAGAUGAAGCAGCAGGCCCUCCUGGCUGCCAUCAGUGAGAAGGAUGCCAACAUCGCCCUGCUGGAGCUGUCUGCCUCCAACAGGAAGAAAACUCAAGACGAGGUGCUCGUCCUGAAGCGGGAGAAGGACAGACUGAUGCACCAGCUCAAACAGCAGACACAGAGCCGAAUGAAGCUGAUCGCUGACAACUACGAUGAAGACCAUGAACAUCCUCUUCAUCCUCCGCCACCCCACAGCCAACACCUCCACCCUCAGCACCCCCACCCUCAACAUUCCCAGCCUCCGCACCCCCAACACCCCCAACACCCCCAACACCCCCACCCUCAACACUCAAUACCUCCCCAGCCACAUCCACAGCAUCCCCAACCGCCGUACCCCUACCCCUCACACCCCCAACCUCCGCACCCUGCCCAACACCCCCCGCCCCAACACCCCCACGCCCCGCAGCACCCCCAACCGCAGCCGCACCACCCACCACCCCAGCACCACCAACCCCAACACCCUCACCCUGCACAGCACCAUCCACCCCCCCAGCACCCCCACCCCCAGCAACACCACCCGCCUCUGCAGCACCAUCAGCCGCCUCUCCACCCUCAAGCCCAGCACCCUCACCCCCAACACCACCCGCCUCAGCACCACGCGCCUCCUCAACACCACCCGCCUCAGCACCCCCACCCCCAACCACACCACCAACCUCCCCAGCACCCUCACCCCCAACACCAUGCGCCACCUCAGCACCACCCACCUCCCCAACACCACCCGCCUCAACACCCCCACCCCCCGCCCCACCAUCGUGGCCCUGCCCGUGGGGGGCCUCGUUCCAGCCACUGGCCCUCUCCUGAUCAGGAUGACGAGGAGGGCAUUUGGGCAUAACUGUUUCCAUGACAACCAAAGUUCCAGUGUUGUUCUGAGGGAUGAUCCAGUCACUGUUGGAGAAACAUCACUCCGGACCCAAGCUGAGACCAUCACCUGUCAUAAUUCACUCUUCAUCUGUACUGAGCACUGAGGAGGAGGAGGAUGUGUACAAGUUGGAGGACAGAGGGAGGAGAUGAAUCGACUAAGCUGCAGUGUCUCUGCAGGUGGAAGAGACCCUGGCUGUCCUACUCCUCCCUAUGGCCUCCAUAGUACAGACGCCUUCCCUGUAAAAUGCCUUUCCAGUGAGAUACCAUCCAGUGAGACAUUCCUCCCAGCGAAAUAACCAUCCAGUGAGACAUUCCUCCCAGUGAGAGACCAUCCAGUGAGAUAUUCCUCCCAGUGAAAUAACCAUCCAGUCCGACGGCCUUCAACGAUGACACCCUUCCAAUGAGACGUCCUUCCAAUGAGACGCAUUUCCAGAGAUUUGCCAUUCCAGUGAGAUACAAAUCUAACGAGACACCCGUCCUCGAUGACAGCCUUCCAGUGUAAUGCUCUUGCCGCGGCAUGCUCUUCCAGUGAAACACCGUUCCAGUGAAGAGCCCUUUCCAUCGGAUGUCCAUCCAGUAAUAUACCCUUCCAGUGAGAUGCCCUUGCUGUGACAUGCUCAUCCAGUCAGAUGACCUUCCGGGUGCCACUUUUCCAGUGAGACGCCAAUCCAGAGAGAUGAUCUUCCACAAGGAAACCCUUCCAGUGAUGUGCCCUUCUAACGAGAUGUUCCCCCAGGGGGAUGCCCUUCCAGUGUGACAUCAUCGCGUUGCUAUGCCCUUCCAGUGUGACAUCAUCACGUUGCUAUGCCCUUCCAGUGUGACAUCAUCACGUUGCUAUGCCCUUCCAGUGUGACAUCAUCACGUUGCCAUGCCCUUGCAGUGUGACAUCAUCACAUUGAUAUGCCCUUCCAGUGUGACAUCAUCACGUCAAUAUGCCCUUCCAGUGAAUCACUCAAUCAGUGAGACGCCAUUCCAACGAGAUGCACUUGCAGUCUAAGGCCCUUCCAGUGUAAAAAAAAAAAAAAAAACCAAACAAAAAAAACACCUAAAUAAAUAUACCUUCGGAGCGAUGUGAGACUUACCUGGACAGACCUCAUCUGGACUGGUCCUGAAGCCAGAACAGAGCCAAUGAGGAAGAGGGCCAUCUGGCCACACAGCGCCCCCUGAGCUGCCCCCCUUUACUCUGUUGUGUUAUUUCUGACAAUCUGGGGGUGAUCUUGCGGGUACUGCCCUAAGGGCUGGUGUUUCGGGGGUGUGUCAGGUGUCUCAGGUGAGUGUGAGGGUGCUGGUCAGCUCUGUACCUCUCCUCAGCCGUGCGGGAGAAGGGAACCACUGCCUCACACUGGUGCUGUACAUGUUUUCUGUGUCUCAGAGGAUGGGUGUGGCCUGCCUUAACGGUGCCGGGGGGCUGUAAGUCGCUCCUCGCUCUGCCCCAUGACCUCGUCUGGCUGUCUGCCAACAGAAGCUGCUUGGAUCCGAUCUAUGCACACAUUGCAGCGGUGGCCAGUCCUGAGAUUUUAAAUGCGCAGUCCAUACCAUAGUUCAGUGCUCCGGACGGGAUACUGACUAAGACCUGACCUCAGUUGGGGGGGAAUACACAUUACUCGCCACCAAUCAGAGGUGUUGUUGCUCAGAACAUGCACCAAUCAAACAGGGUUUAUUUUUUUCGGACGGCCAAUCAGAACUGUGCUGUCUGUUUUGUGUCCUCACCCUAACGGUGCCGAGUAACGGUCCAGGAGUGAGAUAUCUUAAGCUGCUGAGGCAGCCACGCCUGCUCGCGCAACGCCUCGACUAACACAUAACGCCUCGUCACACGGCAGGCUUGCUCGUACAGUGACAUCAUCAUCAUCAUCAUCAUCAUCAUCAUCAUAUUUACUCCAACGAGAAACACGCGGCAUUUCUCAGUGAGCAGUGCACCAGCUCACACGGCGUUCCUUAUCGCAUGGUAUUCCUCAUCACGCACACUUCCCAUCGCAGCGUUCCCGGUCACAGGACAUUUUCGAGGGCUCUCUCUCUCUCUCUCUCUCUCUCUCUCUCUCUCUCUUUCUCUCUCUUUCAUUCCUUUCUUUCUUUCAUUCUUUUAUUCAUUCUUUCUUUUCAUCUGGAUGGGCCAGGACUGCAGACUGCUUCUGUGUCUCUCCCCAGAGAAGGUCUCAGCACCAGUGGCUCAUUAAACCCCUCAGAACAAAAUGGCAGGUGCCUCACAAAAAAAAUAAUAAAAAAUACAAUAAAUCAAUAAUGUACUGUGUUUGUAUAAAUGUGGUCAACAAAUGUACAGAAAACUAUUUAAAUAGAUUAUAUGUUUUUUUUUCUAAUGGGCAUGAGGUAAAAAAAAUAAAAAAUGAAAACAUGUUGAAAUGUUGAUCAGAAGACAAUCCCCCACAGAGAAGUGUAAGAGUUAAGAGUUAUGGAUACCUCUUGGAUGUGCAGUUAAUAAUCCUCAAUCCAACAGUUGUGACUUUAUAUGUCAUGUUAUUGGCCAGUCUAUGAUCUGUGAUCUGAACCCAUCCUGGGUCCUGCACCUAUGCAGAAAUCCAUUGAGAUAACAGUCUCCAACAAUAAGGUGAUAAUGAUGUUUAAAAUCACACUGUUGGAUAUAUGCAACUGUAAAUUGUGACUGUAAUUUAUAAUAUUUGGCACAUGGUAUGUAAUUGAUGAAAAUGAUUACAGUGCUUGUGUCCAAAUCAUGUCAACACGACUGGUUUCCCCUGGGCUUGGCCAAAAUAACUUGUCAGCUCACACAGCACAACUGACCGCAGUCUCGCGUUCGAAAAGCAACAGUUGUUAUUUGUAUGACGCUGUAAUCGUGCAGGUUAAAGUGGUUACAGAGGCAUUGGUGACACUUUUCUCCUUGUUGUCGUUGUCUAAGAGUCUCAUGCAGUGCUGGUGUUUGUGCUGACUGUGGUGAUUGGGUGUUUUAGAGUAGGAAAUGUGUUCUCCUCUCACAGGAAACAGGAUCUCAGACUGUUGCAGCUAACCCCUGCCUUCCCCCCACACCUCUGUGACUGACUGACUGUCUGUGUGUGUGUGUGUGUGUGUGUGUCCUGCAUUAUCACUGGUUUGAAUGGUGGGGACAGGGGGAGGACAGUGUUUCUGUGCCUCAGUGCCUCUUCAGGAGACUCAUGUCUCACCCUGACAUCCACAGCAAUACUCUGAGAACUACAGCCACAACUAGCAUCGCUGUCAUUCCAGGGCAGACAUGGUAAGCAGGUAGUGUAGUGUAGUGGCGAUAAAAAUCAUUUAAAGGUACAAUAGGUAAUUUUGGACUUCUAAAGGACAAGGGAGGAAUAUCAGCAACAAACACGCUCAAACCACAACACUGUUUAUCCCUCUCCCUUCUCUGUGAAUGCGCUGACAUUGAAACGCCAUUGGCUGUGGCAAUUAGAAUCAAUUUUCAACCAAUGAGCUUGAAUUAUUGUACAGCGAUACAAUGUUUUCAAGGAUAGGAAGGGAUAGGAAUGGUCUUGUAACAAUGUUUUAACAUUGUAAAAAUCUCACCUAUUGUACCUUUAACAACAAUAAAGAGAUAACUGGAAUACAAAUUCAUUAAUUGAUUGACAGUGUGAAGAACAAACUAAAUGUUGACAUUUAACAAAAACAUUUACCCAACGUUCUCAGGUGUGGUUGUGGUCUUUACCAUCAUGGUUCUCUGUGUGUUUGUGGGGUUUAUAGUUAAUAAAUGUGGUUCAGUGUGACUGGUUUAUAGCUACCAUUGUGGUUUUAGUGUGUGUUCAUGUGGUUUAUAGUUAUCAUGGCGUAGCGUAUCUGUGGUUUAUAGUUAUAUCGGUGUGAUUCCGUGUGCGUGUUUGUGUGGUUUGUAGUUGUCAUUAUGACUCUGGCGUGUGCUUACAAAGCAAGUUAGUGAUGAUUAUAAAUGCAGGCACUGACUUAAGGAUCCAGAUGCACUGGUUUUACCCUCCGGGUCCUUAUUGGUUCUUCUGAUACUUGAAUAGGGUAGUCUUACGGGGUGUGCUGAAACAGCCUACGGUAGCCCGUUUCUGUGUGCGUCUCUCUAAUGUGCCAAUCCUGAGGGUCGUCCUGCCUGAAUCUCCAUCUCUAAGCACAAGAGAGGACCGAUUCUGGCACAGGGGCUCACAAAGGCAGCCAUAACCAACUGAAAAAAUACAAUAUUUUAUGUUUCUUUUCAUGUAUAGAUAUCCUUUUUAAAAUAAAAGAAUUAAAAUAAAAAAAAACCUGCAGACCUCUGGGGUUAAAUGAACACUGUGACAAAAAAAAAAAAAAAAAAAAACAGGAGAAAUAUAAUUCAAUGUGUUCUGUUAUGCCUUUAUUUUAUUUUUUACAAAGUCUUGUUUUUAUUUGUAUGAUUUACAACAAGAUGAAGUCCUUCCAUUUUGGAUUUUAUGGUUUGUAUGUUGUGUAUGUUUUAUGCUGUACAGUAACGAUAUAUAAAAGAUAUAAAAUGUGUAA